AUGGCCAUGGACAAUGACACAGCAGUGUUUGAGUUUCUCCUUAUUGGCAUCUCCAGUUAUCCUGAGUUGAAUGCCAUGUUUUUCACAUUGGUGCCAACAACUUACUUAGGCACAUUGUUGGGAAAUGGACUUAUCAUCUUUCUGAUCCACUUUGACCCCCACCUCCACACUCUGAUGUACUUUUCCCUUAGUCACCCGUCUUUCUUAGACCUUUGCUAUGGAACGACCUCCAAGCCCCAGGUCUUGGAUUGUUUUUCCACCAAUCCCUACCUCUCUUAUUCAAAAUAUUUGACCCAAAUGAGUGCCUCCCUGGCUUUGACCACAACAGAGUGUUUCCUACUGGCCAUCAUGGCCUAUGACCGUGUGGUUACUAUCAGCAGCCCACUGUGCUAUUCACUGGUCAUGAAUGGCCCAGUUUGUGUCUGGUUUGCUGCUACUUCAUGGGGGGCAUCACUUGUGCUCACUACAAUGCUUGUUUUAUCUCUAAGGCUUCGUUUCUGUGAGGCUAAUGCCAUCAAUCAUUUUGUCUACAAUUCUCUCAUUAAGCUGGCUUGUUCUGACACCCGCCUCAAUGAGCUUAUGAUCCUCAUCACUGCCAUUUUCAUCCUGCUUCUACCCUUUGUGUUUGUUCUCCUCUCCUAUAUCCAAAUUGCUACUGCUGUCCUCAGGAUUCACUCACUUAAGGGCAGGUUCAAGGCCUUUUCCACUUGUGGUUCUCAUGUAACGGUGGUAACAAUCUUCUAUGGGGCAGCCAUAUCCAUGUACAUGAAGCCUCAAUCCAAGUCCUCCUCUUACCAGGACAAGUUUAUUUCAGUAUUUUAUGGAGCCUUGACACCCAUGCUGAACCCCCUGAUAUACAGCCUAAGGAAUAAAGAUGUUAAAGAGGCAAUGAGGAAAGUUAUGGCUAAAAGGGCAUAA